AUGGCCCACCACCAUCAGUAUCAACAAGCGCCUCAUCAUCAACAACAGCAACCACUACAGCAACAACAGCAGUACCACCCGUACCACCACCAGCACCACCAUCAGUCGCAUCCGCACCAACAGCACCGUCAGGACACACACUACGUUGCCGGCGGUGGCAGUUGGAAGAAAUCAUUUUACCCAACGUCGUCUGCGUCACUGGAUGGUGGGCCGGUUGAUAAGGUUUUCGCCACGCUAGAAACCAGAUCGGCGCCGUUCACAACCGUUCACCACCACCACCAGCGGUACGAGGGAGGAUCUACUGGCGCUAGUACUAGCGGGAACCAGAACCAUCAUCGCUGGCAACAUCGCCAGCGCCAUCACUCUCACGGGUCCAAUAACGCAUCGCCACCGCCGCCCCUUAGUAGCACCACGGCCAAAAUCGUCAUCAGUGGAAUACCGCAGCACGCCAAGUUCGACGAUAUCGAGCCGCUGCUGAAACCGUACGGUAAGGUGGAGCACUGCGAGGCGGGCACUAGCAAAGACCCGAACACCCAGACCGUCCAUAUCACGUUCGAGAACCACGAUCAGGCACAAAGAGCGGUUUCCGGUUUGAACGGAAUCGAGUUCGACAGCUCCAAGCUGCUGGUGGAGCUGUCCGAGGCGAACAAACAGGCACGCCGGGCGCAGCGCAACCGUUCGCAGUACGGCGUGGGCGGAAUGCCGGGCGGAGGCGGCGGCCCCGGUCGCCAGACUGACUUCCCGCUGCGGGUGCUGGUGGCGAGCGAGAUGGUCGGGGCCAUCAUUGGGCGCCAGGGCAGCACGAUACGGCACAUUACGCAGCAGAGCCGGGCGCGCGUCGACGUCCACCGGAAGGACAACGUCGGUUCGGUUGAGAAAGCCAUCACGAUCUACGGCAACCCGGAGAACUGCACGAUGGCCUGCAAGAAGAUCCUGGAGGUGAUGCAGCAGGAGGCAAACAGCACGAACAAGGGCGAGAUCUGCCUGAAGAUCCUGGCGCACAACAACUUGAUCGGGCGCAUCAUCGGCAAGAGCGGCAACACGAUCAAGCGGAUAAUGCAGGACACCGACACGAAGAUCACCGUCAGCUCGAUCAACGACAUCAGCAGCUUCAACCUGGAGCGCAUCAUCACGGUGAAGGGCACGAUCGACAACAUGUCGAAGGGCGAGAGCCAGAUCAGCGCCAAGCUGCGCCAGAGCUACGAAAAUGAUCUGCAAGCACUCGCCCCGCAGAGCAUCAUGUUCCCGGGCCUGCACCCGAUGGCUAUGAUGUCGACCGCCGGCAACGGCAUGGGCUUCACGGGCCGCACUGGUGGCGGCGGCGGUGGAGCGGCCGGCGCCGGUGCCGGUGGAGCGGGCGGCGGAGCCGGUGGCAUGUAUCCAGGGUCCAACUUCCCCAUGUACCAGCCGCCGGCCGGUGGUCCGGCGGCGGCCGGCGUGCCGUCCGGCUCGAGCGAGGUCCAGGAGACGACCUUCCUCUACAUCCCAAACAAUGCGGUCGGCGCCAUCAUAGGAACCAAAGGAUUGCACAUUCGCAAUAUCAUCCGCUUCUCCGGUGCGUCCGUCAAGAUUGCGCCGCUCGAGGCGGACAAACCGCAGGAGCAGCAGACCGAACGCAAAGUUACCAUUAUCGGCACACCGGAGGCCCAGUGGAAGGCACAAUACCUGAUCUUCGAGAAGAUGCGGGAAGAAGGCUUCGUGUCCGGCACCGACGACGUUAGGCUGACGGUGGAGAUCUUUGUACCGAGCGCACAGGUUGGUCGCAUCAUCGGCAAGGGAGGCCAGAAUGUACGAGAACUGCAGCGUGUCACUGGCAGCAUAAUUAAGCUUCCCGAGCACACGGCCAGCACGCCGGUCGACGAGGAAACCACGGUGCACAUCAUUGGACCGUUCUUCAGUGUACAGUCGGCCCAGCGGCGCAUUCGCACGAUGAUGCAGGCCACGAAUCCACCUCCGGCAACGAAACGGCAAUCCACUCAGAAAGCCAAGGAUCAGUCAACGGUGGCAGUGGGUGGUACGGCGGGUGCGGGUGCAGUCACCACAGCCAGCGCCGCCAGCACCAGUCCCGGUGCGACGGCCCCCGCCGCCGGUUCCACCAGCCCACCAAGUACGCCACCGCAGCAGCAGCAGUCGUCCAGUACCAGUGCAUAA